UCGGAAACAUUUGGUGCGUUUUCAGAGCCGGUGAAACCCCCAUUUUCGAAUUCCUCCGGCGUGGGAGUGUGGUAAAAUGAAUUUUCAUGUCUGCUGCAGAGAACGUGCUGGGAAACAGGUUCCUCCUGGGAAAAAAAACAGUUGAAAAAUUUGCUAGCAAUUAGGAAAUUGUUUUAGAAAUGCUUAUGUUUUGGUUACUUCUUGGCAAUUUUAGUUCCUGUUGAAUUAUGAUAAAUUAGCUUGUUGUGCGAUGCUCCUGUUUUUCAAGGAGUCCAUCCACAUAACGAAACCGUUACACAAGGGAAGGUGUUGACGAAAGUUUGGUAAUUAGUCAUCUCCUAAUAGACUUUGAACCUGGGUUUGUAGAUAUCCGAGCCCCAGGCUGGUAGUCAACCACGGCCUGAAAACAAAAAGAAAGCUCUUGGCUUGUCUUACCUUAUCGACGAGAACCCGCCAUGGUACAUCUGCUUAUUAUUGGGUUUCCAGCAUUUCCUGACCAUGUUAGGUGGAACAUUGGCAAUUCCUUUCAUUCUGAGUGGUCCGAUGCGUUUUGCGAACAACACACUUGUCAUCAGUGAAGUACUGAGUACAAUAUACUUUGUGUCUGGUCUUGUUACCCUGCUACAGACGACUUUAGGAAUCAGACUUCCAAUCGUUCAAGGAGGAACCUUUGGCUUCAUUACUCCGACAUUUGCCAUCUUGUCUCUACCACAGUGGGAAUGUCCCAUUUCCAAAGCAUCUUGUAACUCGACGGAAAGCCUACUCAUCGACAGCGAUGAGAUUUGGAAACCUCGCAUGAGAGAGAUUCAAGGCGCCAUAAUGAUCUCGUCGCUGUUCCAAAUCGUAAUCGGUCUCACUGGUCUUGUUGGCGUUCUUCUUCGCUUCAUUGGACCGCUUACCAUAGCACCUACAAUCACUUUGGUAGGCGUGGCACUCUUUAGAGUAGCAGCGGAUCACGCAGGAAAUCACUGGGGAAUUUCAAUGACUACUAUCGUCCUAAUAGCGUUGUUUUCGCAAUACCUAACCAAUGUCAAGAUUCCUGUGCCUGCAUACAGCGGAGGACGGGGAGGUCUUUACGUUGGCCGCUUUCCAUUGUUCAGAAUAUUUCCAAUCAUCCUGGCGAUCGCAGUAUCAUGGGUAAUUUGUGCCGUCAUCACUGUAGCGGGAGGUUUUCCUUCUGAUUCCAGCAUUCCUCAGUACAUGGCGAGAACUGACGCAAGGACUAAUGUGCUAAAAGAAGCUAAAUGGUUCAGGUUUCCGUAUCCAGGUCAGUGGGGAAUGCCUACUGUAAGCGCCGCCGGGGUGUUUGGGAUGCUUGCAGGGGUGUUGGCCUCCAUUAUUGAAUCUGUGGGAGACUACUACGCCUGCGCAAGAUUGUCAGGAGCACCUCCACCCCCAAAACACGCUAUCAACCGUGGAAUUGCGUGGGAAGGAAUUGGUUGUCUUUUGGCGGGAGCAUUUGGUACCGGAAAUGGAACAACUUCGUACAGUGAGAACAUUGGAGCCAUCGGGAUCACAAAAGUUGGAAGCCGUCGUGUCGUCCAGUGGGGUGCAAUGGUUGUAAUGGCUAUCGGUGUUGUUGGUAAAAUUGGCGCGGUUUUCGUCAGCAUUCCAGAUCCCAUUGUUGGUGGAGUUUUCAUGGUCAUGUUUGGAAUGAUCGCUGCAGUUGGCAUCUCAAAUCUACAAUUUGCUGACAUGAAUUCCUCCAGAAACUUGUUCAUCGUUGGAUUUUCCAUUGUGUUUGGAUUAGCUCUGCCACAUUACAUGGAAAAUCAUCCUAACGCAAUUGAAACAGGUGUUUCUGAAAUUGACCAGAUAGUGACGGUCCUCUUGAAAACAAGCAUGGCAGUGGGUUGCUUUAUUGCACUGAUUCUGGACAACACCAUUCCGGGUACCAUUGAGGAACGCGGGCUCAAGGCUUGGAGGCAACAUCUUUCAGUUGGCGAUGACGAACAGUUUCAAACAGCUUCUAUUAAAGUCUAUGAUCUGCCGUUUUGUUUCCGACGCCUUGGUAACCUCAAAGUAGCCAGGUAUUUGCCCUUCCUGCCGUACAACGGUGACCAGCAAGAGACCAGACGAAAUGUGGAAAUGGAAAACUUUAGCUCUAAGCUGUAGAAUAACAUUAAUCAGUGUAGACUGGAGUCGCCUGCAUAGCAAAUGUUCUCAUAGAAGCGAAGAGGUUUCCGCAUUCUGGCCGAUCGUUUUGCUCUCGACUCAGUUUGCGUAGCCAUAAUGUGAAAAACUCUUCGCUCGUAGAGAGACGCUUGUUACCUUGUUUAAGACUGAAGGGAAAUGUUUCCUUGAAGUCGCUGAUACAAUUAUUGAUAAAGGAUAGUGAGAAACAGGAUUUUUGUCAUGAGGCCAAGUUUUCGAUGUCAACUUUUGUGUGGUAUGAUCGAUAUUGGGUGCCAUUUUGUCCCCAAAGCUUUUCUUACAAAAAUGUUUACUUUUCCUGGCAUAGCAUAUUUGAGUGCCACGUGCACGGCAUCGAAUUGUAAUUAUCAUCAUAUGGUCAUCAUCGUGUGCACUGAAGUUAGUUCUUUAAUUGAUUUCAACCAAUACUUGAUAAAAACUAAUAUUAAAUCAUUUUGAUUAUCAUUAUCAUUAUCAUUAUCAUUAUCAUUAUCAUUAUCAUAAGAUCCUUAAUAUUCCCAAUUCUGUCCCAAGGUAAUCCCUGUCAGAUUAUUUUCAGAACACUCCCAGCUCGGUAAUCCUAGGAGGGUCUACAAGUAGACUCACAUGGACAGACCAAUCUGUUUUACUAUCUGCGCAACACGCGAGGGAAUAUUGGAUGCCGUAUCUAAGAUAACUUGAAAGGAAUUUACCUUAGGAAUACAGCCUUUAUGGAUGAGAAAUUUUCUCUUACUCUUCAUCCUCUCUUGCUUAC